CGCGACCGGCGGCGCGGCGAGCGGCGUUUCGCGUGGAUUUUCUGUUCCGCCGGGGGGGUUUGCCCGUGGACGCUAUGUGUUCGCGCUUGCUGCUCGAAUCGCGCGUAGGAAGCAGACUAGUUCAUGUGUGAAAGGCGUAGAAAGUCGUCCCUGGACGAACGCUGUCUCCUAAUUUCCUUAACUUUCGUGCACUAGGCUUUAUUGAACUCCGGCGGCCGGCUAGCCUAGAUAUGCGGCGCUUCGUAGUAUCCCCUUUUCUCUUCGUUCUGCUGCUCCGUUUUUCCGAUCCCGCGCUCAGUCUAGGCGAAGUCAUCUACGCGAUCAACGCCGGCGGCGAGGAACAUGUGGACAUCCACGGCAUCAGGUACAAACGCGAUCCGCUGUUCGGAAAAGUCGGCACGGCCUCCGAUUACGGCAAGCUUCUAGUCAUCGGUCGGGCCCCCAGGCCGGACCACAUCCUCUACCAGACCGAGCGUUAUCACACGGCCACUUUCGGCUACGACAUCCCCGUCAACAAGGACGGCGACUACGUCCUGGUGCUAAAGUUCUGCGAGGUGUACUUCGAUUCUCCGGGCCGAAAGGUCUUCGACGUAGUCUUAAAUGGCCAGCACACUGUGGUGGCCGACUUGGACAUCCAUGCCAGGGUAGGACGAGGGGUCGCUCAUGAUGAGUACAUUGCGUUCAGCAUCAAAGGCAACAAGCUGCGUAUCAACGAUGAAGAGUCCACGCACGAUGGAAAGAUCAAGGUUGAAUUCAUCAAGGGCUACCGGGAUAACCCAAAAGUUAAUGCCAUCUAUGUGAUGAGGGGGACACUUGACGAUGUGCCCGAGAUGCCCCCCUUGCAAGAGUUCGAAGAGGAGGAAGAGGAAGAAGAAGAGGAGGUGCCUACGAGGCACGCUUCCGGCGACUCCGCUGCUACUGGAUCUCAGCACCAGCCACGCAGGCCCUCGGGACCUCGCAGUCCAAACCCCUACACGGGAGAUGACAGCAGUGCCCUCCUUCCCAUCUUCGUUGCCAUUGGAGCCUUCAUCCCACUGCUGUUCUGCCUCUGCAAACUUUGAAUGUGCCCUAUGCGUUGUGUGGGCCGUGGUGUUCCUACUGUCUUUGAGAGGUGACGGGGUGAUUUGAGCUGUCGGGUGGGCUUGUGAUUGGGGGAGGGACACAUUUUGUGUUAUCCUUAGACUGCAGUCGCUUUUGCCUUUGCAUUCACAUCUGUGGUGGGAUCCCAUUUUGCCCAUGGCCAAAGGUGGGGUGAGCUGGAAGCACUGUGGCAUCAGGCUUGUGCUGUAGUUUGAGCCUUGAAAGGAUCUGCAGUCUCAUCGUGUACUUGCAUGCGGUGGCAGUCACACUGAUGCAAGCACUUUGGCGAAGCAACAGUGUUGCAGCACUUCAUUUCAAAGUCCAGUAACAAGGAAAUAGGUGGGAUGUCUUAGUGCACCAUUGUUGUCUUACCACUUCCACAUCCGCACCUGUGAACACAUGGGUCAUGUGCAUGAACUGCACCAAAUAGCAGCAUCGGCUACGGUAGCGGUGAGAUGGUAACGAUGCGCUGAAACAUUCUAGUCAAAAGGUCGGCUGUUCACUGUGACUUGGCCCUCCUGGUCUGUUGUUUGAUAGUGUCAUAAUUUUUUUUCUCUACACGUGGCGUGGAAUAGUACUUUGGCACGUUGUGUUCCAUUCCAUUCAUCAUUCGACGUGUCUUGGCUCCAGUGGGAAUCGGUGAGCCACGCUUGUGCUCUAACUUAGUUAGUUUGCAUUUGUGGCUGGGGUUGUGUUUUGAUUGUGGCCUGUGGCGUGAUUUGUGCAAGUGGUUGAGACCACUACCCCCCCCCCCUCCACUUUUUCUUUCUUUCGUGAUUGUGUGUGUGUGUGUGUGCAUGUAGCUGGGCUAGGUAGUAGAAAGAGAAAUUUAUCAACACAGAGUAGUUGUACAUUGGCAUCGUCGGUUUGCAAGAAAAAUACUUUUGUUUUAUUCUUUUUCUGCUAACAAAACAGAGUUGAGGGCGCCAUAACUGUAAGCCAGCUGUGUCAUUGUGUUGUACAGGAUACGUUAUCUAUCCAUACAUUUUUCACUCAACAUUUCUACAUUGACGAUCGUACUGUACAGGUCCAUUUCCCAAAGGCACACAUUUUGGGGCUCGACGUCAUGACAUUUCCUUCCCUCACAAAAUGGUGGCAUGUAACUUCGCCUUGCAAGAGCAAGUGUCACAGUUUGCACGUUGAACCAAACACCUUUGAUAGUGGGGUCAUAAUAGUAUUGUGAGAUCAAGAAAUGGCAUUUACUGGGUAAAGUUGUCGGUCUCUGUAGCAUAUAUUCUCUGCUGAAAACGCUUACUUUGUGUAUGCCGUAAACAGCUAAACGCUAACUAUGUUUACAUCAGAGAAAUAGGUGCUCAGCAGGAGUAAGAUAGUAAACCAAUGUUUUUUGAUGAGCCUAAAAUCGGCAACAGGUCAUUCAUUGGAGCAGAGUGUGGCAUCCCUUUUCAUGAAUACUUUUUUGUGAAAAGAAUUUGAGAAACUUUUGCCCUGUGCCAAAGGGUGAAACAAGCGAGAGGCUUGGCAUUUUGACUUAGGCCAACUGUUUGCAUCUGCAGACUGAAUGUAGUCCUUAAACAUUGCCUCUACCAAUGAAAUUGCUUAUUGCUACAACAAAGCCCUGUGUGAUACAUGAUAGGUGAGACAAGUUUACCUUUCAAGCAGGCCAGAGAAUCGCUUCACAAUGCAAAAUGUCAUGCAGACGUUUUGCACAGUAUUGAAAAAAAUCACCUGUUGCUUUGUGUGUGUGUGUUUGUGUUUUUUCUUUUUAGGUUGGUGAGCGGAUGAAGUUUUGCUUUGUUGUGAAAGAAGUGUGAAGGCUUUGUCUUUCAAGGCUGCUCACUUUCAGUCAACUGCUUUUUGGUUGUUUCAUUUUUUAAAGAUUAUGUGCUUGUUGUUCCCCUUCUGAAUCUUUUCUACUUUACCUUUUUUUUUCCUUACAGGACUUUUCCUUUUGUUAAUUCAUUGCUUAGCUUACUUUCUCCCGUGUGGGUUUAAGAAAUGUACACCUGCUUGUUGCUGCUUCAAAGGACCGACGGUUUUUUGCUGCUGUUUUCACCGAAGUGGACAUGACUGAGUUUUCCGUUCCAGGAAAACUGAAAUGUGCUUGUUUUCACAUACUUUGUUAUUUCAUCGGCAUGACUUUUCCUAACUGUGAAUGAUACAUUGCAUAAUUAAGAUGCUUUAAGGGAGAGGGGCACAGAGGAAUUUAUAUGUACACAUAACAUACACAUGUAUGUUCUACAUUAAAAGCUUUUGCAUCCAAA